AUGAGCAGUACAGUAGUCGGCGGACUAUUGAGCACUACGACAUGUCAGUGGGGAGGUGACGUCCCGGACCCCGAUUAUCUGAAGAUUGAUCUCGUAGCUACGGCGUACUCGGUGGUCUGGCAUGGGCCGAAUGCCAAUGGCUUCCUUGGGUCAUACCGUUGCUUUCGAGGAGACGAGAGACGACCAUGGAACGGGGCUCCGAAGAACGAGCUCGACUUGUCACAUGUAGCAUUUGCCCAAGUGGCCCGACUGGAUGGCAAUCCCAUCAUGUCAACCUCGAUGCUUGGCCGGGAAUUAUCUGACAUUUCCGCUGACACGGUGACCAUGGGAUCCAACCAUGACAACUCGGCAGACCUUUCUGCAAUCCGUCACUGCACUGUGACCAUCUGA